AUGCGAUCGAAGUCGCCCAGCUUGAAGCGAACGGUUCAGUUCUUUGUCAUCGCACUUGUCAUCCACCACAGCUGGUACCUAUGCUGGUCCAGCCCAGCAGGACCGACAACAGGGAAGUGCUGUGAUGUCAGCAUUGUGCUUGUUACCUCGCCGAUUCCCUCACAUCCCUCGACUGAGUUAGUAGAUGAGGUUAUUCGAAGCUUUGACCUGGUACAAGGACUAGAACUAUGCCCACUUGUCAUUGUUGCUGAUGGGUUUCAAGUCCGGGAGGGGCGACCUGCUUGGAACCAGGGCAGGAUUGAUGAGAGCACGCGUCAGAAGUACCUCGGGUAUGUCGAUGCUCUGAAGUCGAAGUACGGUCCUGUCGGAACGGGCGCAGAUGGCGCAGAGAGCGCGGAUGGGCGCGCUGUCAAAGUUGUUGGCCCCCUGGCAAAGCGUGUCAACUUUGGACAUGCCUUGCUCGCUGGGCUCUCCGAGGUGCACAGUGAGUUUGUUGUGGUUGUCCAGCAUGAUCGCGUGUUUGCGGAACGUCUGGACAUGGGAAGGGUGCUCAGCCUGUUUGACAAGUACAAGGAAGGCCUCAGGUAUGUCGGAUUUCAAACUGUUCCUGACUACGUGACAUACGCCGUAAGUAAGUAUGGCGGCUGGGCACGGAGCGAGCUCUCGGAAAAGGAGACGGGCUUGAUUCCAUGCUUCAUUUGGUACGACUCAACCCACGUUUGCCGCACACGGGAUUUGGCAAGACUGAUCGCAAGGGAGGUGAAGCCUGGCGAGUUCAUCGAAAGUUCCUUUGGCUGCAGACUUCUGGCAAAGAUUCAGGAAAAGAAAGAUAAGUGGAACUUCGCGUAUCACAUGGAGAAGUAUGGCCUCUUCCUGUACUACGAGCCGACCGUGGGUGCCCGAGGUCCAGAACUCAAAAACCAUGUUACGUGGCAUACUCGCCCUCUACUGAGCUACUUUCCCACCUUGCAACACGAGAUUGCUGAAAGGCUCCUGCAUGAAGAACACCUCGGCCCUGUCAAUGGCCUACGCCCACUUGUGAGACAUGUGAGCGGCCGGUCCUUCGUGUCUCGCGAAGAGCGCAUCAAGAUGGGUUGGCCUGCAGAACGACCUUCUGCUGCACGGCGCGUACGACAUGUUCGUCAAGGCAACCAAGGUGAUGCCUAUAGUCCACUGGACGGACUGGACACAUUGCCGUUGGACUCUGAUGACGCUGAUCAAAAAGUCUAG